UUUGAUUGAUAAAUACCCACCAAACCUGUUAAAUAAGCACACAGUUAAUCUACAAAUAAUGGAUUAUAAAUCUACGGUAUAUAAGCCAUCACUAAAAGUGCUGUGGUCCAUUCUUCUAAUCGAAAAAUGUACAUCAAGCUUCUGUCUGUGUUCAUCUUGGCCACCCUCCUGUGCCAUUUAGCAGACGCCGGACUAAUCUUGGAUAGGCUGCGUGAUAGAAUCCAUUCCAUCGGCCACAUCGACAUCACCGCCAAGGAGACGCACACCUCUUUGCAGAAGGACGUGGAGCAGUCCAACUCGUCGCAGGAUUCCAGUGGAUCUCGUACCUCUGACUUUAUUGGACAAGGAGGCCAGUUCAAUAACGGUUUUAAUGCUUUUAAUUCUGGGGCUGUUCAUCAACAUGCUGAUGAGAGGUACAUGAAUGCUCAGCAGCAGGCUCACAACUCGGAGAGAGAAAGAUUUGACAGUACAUCACACUCAAUCGACAUUGGAUUGUUUGGAUGAUUAUACAGUUUGUACUGAAUUAGUAUUAUUAAA